UCCGACGCGCGCAAUCCUUUCAUUUGGCGCACAAUUUGCCACAAUCUUAAAUUCGCACUCACCACCCUUACUCAACUCUCUAUCGCUUCUUGUCACUAUCAACUCCACCUCGAUCGCGACUCGCAUCGUAUACAUCACAUCAUGUUACUCCCAUCCGCUCUUUCCUGCGACGUACGGCGACCGUCGAGCUGCUCGCGUUUCACUCCCAACCGCUCGUUUUCAACACCUCCCCCGUCCGACGACGAUUUCGUUCCUCCAGGCAACGGCCUCCUCGGAACCUGUCGCGCAUUACAAUCACUUCUCCACGGAUCCCCCGCGCCUCCUUCCCGAGGCGCAAAGUCUGAGCGUCUCCAAAGCCCUGUCCAGAUACGUUCGCGCAAGCCAUCGUCGCGCCAACACCAGCGAGAGACCCAACACACACAGAUUCCCGCCUCCCGGAUAACCCCACAAAGCCCUUCGUCUGGCGCACUCAAGCGUCGCCGCGACACUUUCGAAUCGGAGACAGAAGACGACUUGCCCGCCGUCACCACUCCUGAUCGCAAGACUGAUCGUUACACGACAUCAACAGAUGAACAAUCGACACGUUCGCAGCGCUUCGCCACUCCUAAACGUCAGAGACACAUUCCCUACGAUCUGCCACUCGGCCUGUCACAUUCAGACUUCUAUUCUCUCCAGUCACCGCCCGUAUCGCAAUCCCCAGCGUCGCCGGCGCAUCAGCAACACCCAGCCCCCGUGGCCAACAAUCCACGCGCAAGCGCAAGCGCACAUGCAACAGCGCACCCCUUCAACCCCGACACAGCGCUCCCCUCAAUAGAGGAGUCAGAAUCCGCGUUGUCCACCUCAUCCUCAUUAAGUCCCGAUCUCACCUGGGCCGAAGAAGACGACCAACGCCUCAUCGGCCUCGUGCUGGAGAAAUUUCAACUAUCUCGGCGCAACUGGAACGAAUGCGCCGAGAAACUCGGCAAGGACCAAGCCUGCGUCGAACGUCGCUGGCGAUUCUUACUUAACAAUGGACACAUUGGCCUCCGACGCGCCAGCGAUCGCAAAGUCCGUCGACGAUUGGACGAGGGCAUGCUCUGAGGACCUUCUUCCAUUUUUUCCCUUCUCUACUUUCUCAUCCUUGUUUUUUUCUUCAUCCAUACUUUCCAUUCUAAUCAUCCACCCCUCCUU